CGUUUCUUGAGAAUCCGCCCGGUGUAUCCGGGAGGGCGGAAAUGUGGACAGGCUCUUUGUGUCAAGGCCCGGACAGACCCUUUGGGGAAAUGGUAGCGUUUGGGAAAUCUUGAAAUCAGGCAGUGUCGGGGCGGUCCUCCUCGGGUCUUGAGGGAGCCGUUGGAGGGUCCUCGUGAGAGUGACAGGCAGAAGGAGGCCGUCACGGAGUGCGGCCCGCAGGCGAGGCGGUGCUAUGGCGAGGAGCUCAGCUUUAUCCAUGCAUUGCAACACAGUUUUAUGAAGUCUGCUGAUCAGAUCUCCAAGGAGUUGAAUGCGCAGAGGAAGAUUUUCACUGUCUCUUUGGAUUGCUGCCAUCACUGUGACGCCCUGAUCACCAGACACCAUGUACUGCCUCCAGUGGUUACUGCCAGUUCUUCUUAUCCCAAAGCCCCUCAACCCGGCAUUGUGGUUCAAUCACUCAAUGUUCAUGGGCUUCUACCUACUGAGUUUCCUGUUGGAGCGGAAACCUUGCACAAUCUGUGCCUUGGUCUUCUUGGCCGCCUUGUUCCUUAUCUGCUACAGCUGUUGGGGGAACUGCUUCUUGUAUCACUGCUCUGGCUCACAGCUGCCGGACUCUGCUCACGAUCCCAGCAUAGUUGGCACCUAAAACCCUGCACUUGGUUGCAAGCUCCUCUUCCGUUUUUUUUCUUUUAAAAAAACAGUUCUAUGAGAAGGAGGGAUUGUGAGGCAUGCGAUUGGAGUACAAGCAACCUAUUUGUUCAUCUGGAUUAGAGUUUUUCAUCCAUGAUCAGUUGCCCUCCCACAAUCUGCCUGUAAAAUUUGACAAAUGCUGUCUAUGGUGAUAACUCUGGUGUUAACAUCUGUGUUGGGGUUUGAAGCCAUGCAGUUCUUGGGGGGUGGGGAUUGGCUUGUGUAGUGUCAGAAAUGGGUCCUUCUAGCUCUGACUGGGUGAUGAAUUGAUUUUUAAAUGUUACCUGAUGCUGGAGGUGAAUUUGUCUUGACUCCUUGUUCAGCUCAAGCUGCAUCCUGGCCUUCUCAAAUGCAUGGCCUCCAAUUUUGUUUGAAGAGCCAGGAAGCCUCUUUCCAUCAUGCUUUUGGUAAAGAUUGUCUCAUCACCUGGAACCGCUGAGGAAGAACAUGCAGAUGGCAAAUAUGCAUGGAAGCUGCUGGAGUCAGAGGCUGCGAGUCUUGCCCGCCAGCCAAACUGGAACGGGUGCACUGCUGGAGUGGUUUCCUGAAAUACGUUUCUGCCGAGAUCUCAGCUCUGAAAUCCCAGAGUCAUCAUGACGCCACUUUUACAGCAUGGGGACAGAAGCUUGUUUUGCUCUGCCUUGCCCUUUUCCAGCCAAAUACCCGUGGUUUACAAAAGUCUUGAGUUGGCAAGAAGCAUGCUCUGUUUUAAUAUUUGGGAGAUCCCUUUUUAGCAUUCUUUUCAUUUGUCAUUUUUAAGCUCUCCAUAUUUCUAGCUUGAAGAAGUCGAGUGCUUGAGACGUAGGGUGGGGUUUUUUUGCUUCUGAACACUAAAUUGGACCUGUCAUUUGAGUGACACUUUUCUCUCCUUUGAAGCGGAAAGUAUUAUGGUCUCUUGUCACAAGCACAUGAGCUGCUGCUUACAUGCACAGGAGGAAGAAAGCACCAAACAACUUCCCUCUUCCCUGUUUGUCUUUACCUCCCCCUUCCCCCAUUUUUUUGUGUUCUUCACAAGGAUUCUGGAAAACCUUUGGUGCUUUCUGGAUAAUAGCUUUAUUGUUACCUGUUUGCUGUUUGUUCCCUUGCACAUCAACGAUUCCCAGAGAAUAUCUCGUGCUCUGCCUUCCAUAGCAAACGUUUGCUUGGGCAAGAAACGUAAAAUGGUCCCAGGGGAGGGCUGGCAUACUUUCUUUCCCCUGUAACUUCAAGGUUAUCUUCUUCUUUGCUGCCCAUUACUUUUGGCACAAUCUUCCUCUGGGGGAGCAUUGCUGGAAAAGCUUUUCUCUCCCACAGGAACUGGAUCUGAGAAAUCAAUUGUGAAACCUCCAGAGAUAUUUUUGUUUGUAUUUUUUUUGUUUGUUCAUUGCACAGCUGUUCAAAAGGUUUAAUAAAGCUUUAUAAACUUUG